AAAGUCUUAGAAAAUGUUGCCAAAAUCAUUAGCCUACCAAAGCUUAUCCCUACUCGUGUUGGCCUUGUGCUUGCGCUCAAUAUAUAUAGACAUAUAAACCGCCAAAGGCAUAAACUCUUAUCAAAACAAUACGGAUUCAUUUGCUUCUUGCUGUGUAUGGCAGAUCCAACACCGCUUCUUUCUCACUAUGAUCAGCCGGUAGAACGCAAACAGCCUCGGUCCCUCGAUGAGGCAAUUGAACGGUGUAUCGGAGACUUCGGGUGGUCGCAAUUCCUGCAAGCAAUACUUGUAUCAUUUGCUUGGGUCUUUGACGCACAGCAAACUUUCAUUAGUGUAUUCACUGAUGCUGAACCAUCAUGGCACUGCACUCAAGUGGUACACGAGUCAGUUUGUAACUCAUUCUCCAACAUUUGCCUACUCCCCAAAAAUUCAUGGUCUUGGGAUUGGCCUGCACACACAUCAAUCAUAUCGGAAUGGGGCCUUGAAUGUUCUAGUUCUAUCGUCAGAGGGCUACCUGCCUCCUCUUUCUUUAUGGGCUGCCUAACAGGUGGGCUUGCGCUAGCAACACUCGCGGACUCAACUCUUGGCCGCAAAAAUAUGCUCGUUUUCUCAUGUCUGAUGAUGUCUUUAUCUUCCAUCUUCACCGUCUUCUCUUCCAAUAUAUGGAUCUAUUCAGCCUUGAGAUUCAUCAACGGGUUUGGCCGCGCAACCAUUGGAACUUGUGCACUUGUGUUAUCAACCGAGCUAGUGGGAAAACGAUGGCGAGGCCAGGUUGGAGCUAUUGGUUUCUUUUGUUUUACCUUAGGCUUUUUAUCAUUACCACUAAUAGCAUUUAUAAAUAAAGGUUCUUCAUGGAGAACUCUUUAUCUAUGGAUUUCGGUACCAUCAAUCUUCUAUUGUAUACUAGUUCGUUUCUUAGUCCAUGAGUCUCCAAGAUGGCUUUUCGUCCGUGGACGCAAAGAGGAAGCAGUUUCAACCCUCAAAAGCAUGGCUCAGGCUAAUCAGAGUGUCUUAACAAUGAGUUUUUCCAAUGUCUUAAUCGAGCAAGAGUCAUGGAAUGCUGAUCUUUACUCCUCAAUCAAGAUACUUUUGAACAAGAGAUGGGCUUUUCGAAGGUUAGCAGCGGUUAUGUUAUCAGGUUUUGGGAUUGGGAUGGUGUACUACGGCAUGCCAUUAAGCCUGGGAAAUCUAUCAUUCAACCUCUACCUGAGCGUCACAUUUAAUGCGUUAUCGGAGCUCCCAGCAUCAUUGAUUAUAUUCUUCCUUGUAGGGAAAUUAAACCGGAAAGGCUCAUUGUUGGGCUUCACAAUCUUAAGUGGGAUAUGCAGUGUGCUUUGUGUGGUGAUUGGCAAAGUGUGGCCAGUUUUUCAAAUAGGACUGGAGCUGGUAUCCUUUUUCAGCGCUUGCCAAGCGUUCAACAUGGUACUGAUAUACACAAUAGAGCUGUUUCCCACUUGCGUGAGGAACUCGGCAAUCUCAAUGGCGAGGCAGGCGCUUGUGUUCGGGGGAGUGUUCAGCCCAGUGCUGGUGGCGGCUGGGAGGAAAAAUGAGCUGUUAUCGUAUGGGGUAUUUGGGUUGGUGAUAGGGGUUUGUGGGCUACCAGUGCUUGGGUUACCGGAGACAAGGGGUGGGACAAUUUGUGAUACAAUGGAUGAAGAAGAGCACAAAGAGAAAGCCAAGGCGGCUGCUACUGCUAUGCUGGCAAAAACUGGUUCGCCCUAGCUCCUUCUAGUGGAAUUAAUAUAUCAUUGCUUAAUAGUAGUAAUCCAUAAAUGUUGUCUUAUGAAUAAGGCUGUAAUUAAGAUAUUUGUUGUCAUCUGGUGGAGGCCAAUCUUUGCUAAUAAAUUUAUUAAUUGGCAGGAAAGGUCUUUUGUAUUGAGUUUUUUCCUGCACAAGUGUACAUUCAAACUUUUAUUCCCAAAUAAAGGCACUUUUAAUCUUUUUUCUUUAAAUGGAGUACUAAAAGCAAUGUCAACCAUGUAUCAUUAUCUACAUUGUUUACGUGUAAAUUGGAUUAAUUUUAUUUUUUAUUUUUUAUUUUUCAUUUUCUUACUUUUCUUGUCUUUUCUUUUCUCACCACUUCUAUUUACCAUUAUUGGUUAAUCUUUAAUUACAAUGUAAAAUAAUUUAAAACGAUUCCCUCGUUCCUAACAAAUUUUCACCCACGUCCAAAAUCCGGUACUAUCAUUUGAAAUUCUUCCUUUGAAGCCUAGACUUCUAUUCUUUUCAAACUUGCAUCGAGAGCACCAAUGGAGGGAGAGAAUUCAAGGAAGCAAACAAACAAAUUAAAGCAUCAGUUAUAGAAAGCAUCAGUUAAUCUUUUCCGCAAUUUUGUUCGCAUGGAGGAGAAGAAAAGCAUUACAGGAGAAAGGAAAAAAUAUUAAAAAAAAAAAAAAAGAAAAGACAGAGCAAAAACGAUAAAAAUGGUGUUCAUUGCCAUGUUGACAAUUUGAGCACGGAGACAAUGACAUAGACUUAAAAUACCUUAUUUAUAGAAAAAAGAUUAAAAGUACCUCAUGUUGGGAAUUAAG